AUGAAAUUUUUACAAGCUUACAAAUCAUUUUCAUUGAUUGGACUUAUAAUAUCGCUAACCAGUAAAAUAAGUUUUGCAGAAGCAAAAAGAAAACUGGUGGCGACAUCAUUAGUCACUUGUAUGGAAAACUCUCAGCUAUCAGCAAACAGCUUCGACGUCGUCUUUAAUCCAGAUGACAGAUCUCUACAUUAUGAUCUUGAUAUGUCCACUCAGAUUGAUUCGUAUAUCUAUGCUGAUAUUGACGUUUACGCAUAUGGUUUCAAGAUCAUUACCAAAAACGUCGAUCUUUGCGAAAUUAACUGGAAGCAAUUUUGCCCUGUUCAUCCAGGUAAUAUCCAGAUCAACUCCAUCGAAUACAUCUCUAGCGAGUACGUAGACGAAAUUCCUGGUAUUGCGUACCAAGUCCCAGAUAUUGAUGCAUAUGCUAAGGUAAAGAUUACUAACAAUGUAAGUGAGUACCUAGCAUGCAUUCAAAUAUACUUUUCCAAUGGUAAGACCGUUUCUCAGAUUGGCGUAAAAUGGGCAACAGCGGUAGUGGCAGGUAUUGGUCUUUUGUUGUCUGCAAUCUUAUCCACUUUUGGUAACUCUACCGCUGCCUCACAUAUUUCUGCCAAUACAAUGUCACUUUUCCUAUAUUUUCAAUCGGUUGUCGUUGUCGCUAUGCAGCAUGUUCAUCGAGUCCCACCUAUUGCUGCGGCCUGGGCAGAAAAUUUGGUCUGGUCAAUGGGGUUAAUUAAGAUCUCCUUUAUGCAAAGGAUUUUCCGUUGGUAUGUCCAAUCCACUGGUGGUACACCUAGUCUGUAUUUGACUUCAACUUCUAUGUCUGUUUUAGCUCAAAGAAGUUGGGAAUACUUGAUGGAAUUUUCGUUAAUGAAAAGAGCUACCAAUGUUUUAUAUGGUAAUGCAAAUACAUUAAUUUUUAGAGGAAUAAAAAGGCUAGGUUAUAGAAUGGGAAUUGAAAAUACGUCCAUCGUUUGUACCGGUUUCACUUUCUUCGUUUUAUGUGGAUAUGUACUUGCUGGAUUCAUCAUAGUGGUGAAAUGCUGCGUGGAGUUAGCGAUAAGACUAGGAUGGAUUCAGAAAACAAAGUUCUGGGAAUUCAGGAAACAAUGGAAAACAAUCUUGAAAGGAGCUCUUUUAAGAUAUAUCUACAUCGGUUUUGUUCAGUUAACAAUUCUGAGUUUCUGGGAAUUCACUGAGAGAGAUUCUGCUGCUGUAAUUGUCAUCGCAUGCUUAUUUAUUCUUUUAUCUUGUGGGUUGAUGAUGUGGGCUGCAUGGAGGACUGUUUUUUUUGCAAGAAGAUCCAUUGAAAUGUACAACAACCCUGCUGCCCUAUUGUAUGGUGAUGAUUAUGUUUUACACAAAUACGGGUUCUUCUAUACAAUGUUCAACGCCAAUCAUUACUGGUGGAACAUUGUUCUUUUAUCCUACAUUUUUGUAAAAUCAUUAUUAGUUGGAUUUGCUCAAGCUUCUGGUCAAACACAAGUCCUUUUCAUGUUUAUAUUAGAUUUGUUUUAUUUCGUUUCCAUCAUCUACUAUAAACCCUACCUGGACCGUCCAACAAAUAUAAUGAACAUUUUAAUUGCCACCGUCACUGUUGUUAAUUCAUUCCUUUUCAUGUUUUUUUCAGACUUGUUUAACCAAAGCUACAAAGUGGCUGCCAUUAUGGGAUGGAUCUUUUUCAUCAUGAAUGCUGCAUUCUCGUUUAUUUUAUUAUUGAUGAUAUUGGCAUUCACAGGUAUGAUGCUUUUCUCAAAGAAUCCCGAUCUAAGGUUUAAGCCUGCAAAGGACGAUAGAAAUUCUUUCCAAAGGAACACCUCAAAACCAGAAGGUACUGUCAAUAAAUCUGUAGCAAAUGAGUUGCUAGCAUUGGGUAAAGUGGCGAAAGACCAUAACGAUUAUCCGGAUUCCGAAUCAAAUAAUACUGGACUGAAUGAAGAACUAAAACAACCACAUGAUGAAACUACUCCCACAACUGUUACAUUAAGCGAUGACAACAAACCUACAUUGUCAGAGAAAAUAUUGAGUAAAUUUACAAGGCCCAAAAAUAGUGAUUCGAGCACAGAUGCUUUGAGGGAUAUAACACCCAAACAACAAAUAUUUCCUCACAACUUAACAAAUCUCUCACGUGAAAAUCUAUCGACAUUGGGCCCCAAACCAUAUCCAGGACACAUGAGGUCACAAUCUGAUGCACAUAAUGGACUAAUCAACUCCUUUGAAGAAGAAGAUACAAGUUCAACUACCGAUCCAUUUCACGACUCUACGGAAGGUGACCUUUUAGAUUCCUCAAGUUCAGAUGGAGGAUUUAGGUCGCAAAACUUUGUUAGAGAUGAUAGUAUAAAUAGUUUGGGAAAUAAUCAACAACCGCUAAGGAAACCUCCAGGAUUUUUUGAUGAAGGCUUUAUGUGA